AAAGUGUCAAAAUUCUUCUGGAAUUAUGGUUUUCAAGAACCAGAAAUCAGUCGGUACUUCCAUGGGAAAAUCAAGUUCAUAUGCCGGAGUAACAAAAGAUUUCGAUCUUCAUCCCGAAACCGCCAUUUUCGAAUUUCAAACACAUAAGCCCCUUGGCAGAGAAUGUAGAAGUUCGAUAAGAAUCACGAGUACCCAUAAUGGGUCCUACUCUGCUCCUCCAGGCUCCGCCGAGCUGCUGCAGUGUCGAUUGUUCUCGAAACUGGUGGCUGUGGCCGAACAUUGGCAGAAAUCACCGGCGAGCUACAGAGUCCAUCAGAAAUUCAGAAUUCAGAGCUUCACGAUAGCGUAAAGGGAAUUGAAUUUGACCUCGAGCUUCGAAUCUGGCACUGUUUCUUCAAUCGGAUACGUCACUGCCCCACUUCCUUUUUUGUCUUCUUCAUCUGUUUCCAAUCCGUUCGACGAUCCAAAUAUAAGAGUAGACUAGACCCCCUCCGUCGCCUUCAGUUCCCAGAUUUCCAGAGGCCCAUAUCGCUCUCUCCUGUUCUGUUCAUGUGAUUGUCCAAGACCUAAUAAUGGGCCAGAUAUUGGCUGCUUUUCAUCACUAUUUGAUUUGAUAUGAGGCCCGGGUACCCCCCUCAGUCUUAAACCCGUGGUCACGCUCACACGCACACCAACUGUUUGAUGAAAUGUCAGUGUCGGGUGCCCUGAGAAGUGACUCGAGCAAUGGCUGCUCGGUCUGUUUACUCUUCAUCAGUGCCUUCGCUGCCACCACCUUGUCCAAAGUCUCCACCGGAGUACCCGGAUUUGUAUGGGAAGCGUCGGGAAAUAGCCAAGAUUCAUAUGCUUGAAAGAGAAAUUGGUAUUCUUGAGGACGAACUAAAAUCUGUUGAAAGUCUUCAACCCGUCUCUAUAUGCUGCAAAGAGAUUAGCGACUUUGUUACGGUCAACUCAGAUCCAUUGACGCCUACAUGUAGGACAAAACAUAAGCGAUGCCGCUUCUGGAAGUGGUUAUGCGGAUUUCCUUGCUUUAAUUUGUCAUGGCUGUGCUGCUGCUCUUGCACUGGAUGCUCUGUCUCCCUUGAGGUGCCUCGCUGCUGUGUUUGCAAACCAUGCAACUUCCCAUCAUGUUCAAACUGCUGUAAUAAGCCGAAGUGUAGUUUCUUCUCCUGUCCAUCUUCAUUUUGCUGUAGAAACAUCUCGUGCCGUAGACGGUGUUGCACUUUGUCAUUACCUUCGAUCUCAUGCUCCGAUGGCUGCUGCUGCUGCGAAUGCAAAUGCAGCUGUAAGUGCUCUUUUCCAAAAUGUUCACAGGUACCUUCUUGUCGCUUCUGUACAAAAUCCUGUUGUGACCCCUGCUCUUUAUGUUGUUGUUUUUGACCCCUGCUCGCUUCUGAUAUAAUCAAUGUACAUUAUUAUGAAUAUAUUCUACUUUUUAUUGAUUUUGUCCAUAUUUAUUAGUGGGAAUACGAUUGGUAUGCCUUUUAAAUUAUUUAAGACAA